UUAAAUGUGGUUUUUAUACAGUGAUUGUUUUUAAAUGAAUUUGGGUGACCACACCACAGAAACAACAGCCAAGCACAACAAAACAACGUUAAUAUAACAACUAACUGCAAUUACUAUAUUGCUGCCAACUUUAUAUAAAUACAACAACGUUGUAUAUAAAAUACGAAAACUGGGUGGUAUUAUUGUUUGGGAUAUAAUAAGAAUUAAUUAUGAUGUUGUAUGAGAAAAAUUAUUACUGUCGGAGAAAAAUAAUUACAGCAAAGUAUUAUUAUUUUCUCAAUAUGAAGAGUAUAAUACUGUUGUUGUUUGUUAUGUUGGUAUGGGCGCAGCAUGUAGCAUCAGCACCGUCACAAAAUCAAGGAAAAAUAUUACGACAUUAUGCCAAUCAAGUUGGACCUGCGUAUCGAGGCGGACGGGGUACUGUGUUACACGUACAAGCAGUAAAUAAAGGAACAGCAUUAUUACCAUGUGAUUUGACACCACCAACAGUAAACGAUAGUGUUGUAUUGAUUGUAUGGUAUAAAAAUGAACAAACGCCAAUAUACAGAUGUAUACUUACAUUCAAAAAUAAUGAGACAUGA